AGUCAAUUCUUUAAUACUUGCUGAAUGAUGAGCAAGUUCAUAAAAUUAUUGCACCGACUAAGACGCUGUCAAUGUCGAGUACUUAGUCCCUCUGUACAAAUUAGCUCCAGCAUUAGUUGGCAAAGGUUUUGUAAUAGAGUGUACCAACUUGGCACAGCUCACCAGGUUGACUUCUGUACAUACUCGAAAAAGGCUGUACUCGAUCCUGGAGAGGAAGUUGAACAACUCCUUUUAGACCUAGACAAUCUGAGUGUUGAACAAAAACAAAAUGCCUUUGUUCUUGCCUCUAAGUCAGCUGAGCUGGGGAGCUCAAAAGGAAAGCUAUUGAUGGGUUGUCUUCUUCGUUGUGGUAUAGGAACGGAACAGGAUGAGAAGAAAGCUAUGAAAGUUCUAGAGCCUCUAGCUGAAGCGGGAGAUGCAUAUGCUUCGUUUUUGUGUGGGGAUAUCUUGGAACAGUUUUAUGAAGAGACGUUAUCUGCAGCUUCUUUUACUCAGGAAUUAGGGCAAAGUAACAGUAUAAAUGUUACUUUGAACAACGAGAGGCCUGAAAAGGAAGGAACUUUAAAGAAGGCUAUAAGAUAUUACGAGAAGAGUGUAAGUAGUGGAAAUCUUGAUUCUCUCGUUGCGUUGGGCAAUGCUUGGUUAAAGAUGCAGCAUCCUGAAAGGGCCAAGGAAGCUUAUGUAAAAGCAGCUGAGAAGGGUAUCGUUUCUUCUUUCCUAUGUUUAGGUAACCUUUAUUUCCGUGGUUAUAUUGGCAAAUAUUCUUCGGUUAGUCGAGACGGAAUUAAGGCUUCCAAGUAUUUGACAGCCGCUGCCGAAGAAGGAAGUAUCGAGGCAAAAUACCUUCUCGGUGAGCUAUAUGCUUCGGGCUUGGAGCCUAUCGAACCCGAUGAAUCCUCGGCGUUAAGAUAUCUUGAAAGUGCUGCGGAACAGAAUCACAGUGAAGCCUGCUAUUUGUUGGCAAAGAUUUUGCUAGAAAAGGAAGAGUUAGAUCCUGGUUCAGUCAAUAUGGAAAAGAUAUUAAAAUUUCUUUUGGUUGCUGCGGAGCAAAAUCACGCUGGUGCCUGUUACUUUUUGGCAGAUCUUUACUACAAGGCUGGUUCCAGUACUUCAAACAACGGUUUGGAAAAUUAUCAACACGCGUUGACGUACUUUGAAAGAAGUGGUGCUUCAGGACUCUCUGAAGGCUACUAUAUGGCUGCUCUUAUGUACCUUCAUGGUGUGGGAACAAAAGUUAACAUAAAAGUCGGUAUAGAUUUAUUGAAUCAGGCAGCAGAGAUGGGUCACACGGUGGCCCUUGAGAAACUUAGUGAGUGUUAUCGUUAUGGACAGUUUGGUUUGGAAAAGUGCGAAAAAAGGGCUGACUCGCUUAAGAAAACUGCGUCUCUACUUGAAGAAAGGUAAGUUGUAGUACACUAUUUUGUCAUAUGCGUGAACUUGGUAGAAGGAAAAGAGAGAUCACAGAUUUUUUGCAGAAUUCGCCGUCAGCAUCGAAGAAAGUUUCUCCAAACAGAGGAAUAUAUCCCAAACCGCAGCCAAAUGGAAACUUACAAAAGUGCGAAAAAGUGCCCAGAUAAAAGUCUUUAGAGAAAUGUACACAUCUAUAGAAAAACACAGGUCAGCUUUCACUUGGGUUCCUUUCUUACUAUUGAAAGCCCGAUAAAGAUUUGUAAAGUGUACUUAUUUUUUGUGCGAACUGUUGGAAAUAAAUAAAGUUUCGAGAAAGAAAAAGGAGAACAAUCGUAAAUCUUAUCUAUUUUGCUUCGAGUACCAGAAGCUAAGGCACCGCCCUCUUGUUUAAUGCAAAGUAAGUUCAGAAUUGGUCAUUUCUCGUGAAUAUUAGACGAGAUAUAUACCCAUUACUCACAAAGGCGCUCUUUAUACUAAUCUUUGGUAUAAAGAAUCGAGUCAACACCAGAGUCGAUCUUACAACAAUAGAAAUGGCCAUGAAAGCGAAUUUAUCCGAUUGUGUG